AUGGAGUGUGGUGAUGAAAUGCAAAGGGAUUACAUCUUCCAUACUAGGUGCUUGGUGAAUGACAAGUUGUGUAGUGUGAUUGUAGAUGGUGGGAGCUGUUGUAAUGUGGCUAGUUCACUCUUGGUGGACAAGUUGGGUUUGCCUACUACUACACAUCCAAAACCAUAUGGCUUGCAAUGGUUGAAUGAUUGUGGGAAGUUGAGGGUUACAAAACAGGUGGUGGUGCCAUUCACCAUUGGCAAGUAUAAUGAUGAGGUACUUUGUGAUGUUGUACCUAUGGUUGCUACGCAUCUUUUGUUGGGCCGUCCAUGUCAGUAUGAUAGAAGUGUUGUGCAUGAUGGUAGGAAGAACAGGUACACGGUCACUAAGGAAGGUCGAACAUACUCAUUGCUUCCUAUGACACCAGCUCAAGAAUAUGAAGAUGUCUUCCCCAAUGAGUUGCCACCAGGAUUGCCACCUAUCAGAGGGAUUGAGCACCAGAUCGACUUGGUACCUGGAGCACAAAUACCGAAUAGACCAGCAUAUAGAACAAAUCCUAAAGAAACAAAGGAGUUACAAAGGCAAGUGGAGGAGCUUAUGGAGAAGGGCUAUGUUAGGGAGAGCAUGAGCCCAUGUGCUGUACCUGUGUUGCUAGUGCCAAAGAAGGAUGGGAGUUAUCGCAUUUCUGACAAGAACUUGGUAAGCAAGCUUGAGUGGAAAAAGGCAUUGAGUGGCAAGAACUCCAAGAGGGUAUUAAAAAUGUCACAAGAACAAACUAGUGGACUUAAUAUGGAUAAUCCUUUUUACCAACAAGCACUUGUUCAACAUUUGGAAAGAAUUGGUAGACAAUUGAGCAACCUAACUGACCGAAUUGAAAGAAUUGAGCAGAAUAGUGGGAAUGGUAGACAAAACACAAAUGAGGGGCAGAAUAGGGCUAGGGGAUCUAGAGUGAACAAUGCACCACCUAUAGAUGAUUGGGGGGAUGAAAAUGAUGAUGAUUCUGAUGAAGGGGAUGACCAGCACUCUGCUGCACAUGAUGACCACCAUAGACCGAGAGGGAUGACAGGUAAUAGGGGUGGAAGAGGUGGAGGCAGAAACUUGAGAAGAGGCAAUAUGGAGGAAGCAAGAGGGAGAGGGAGAGUGGAUGGUAACAUUAGUGGGAUCAAAAUGAAAAUUCCGCCAUUCCAAGGCAAAGCCAAUCCGGAUGCAUAUUUGGAGUGGGAGAGGAAGGUGGAUCUCAUAUUUGAUUGUCACAAUUAUAGUGAGGAAAAGAAGGUGAAGCUUGCAGUAGUUGAGUUUACAGAUUAUGCCAUAGUUUGGGAGUUGCACCAAAGGUUGCAAGGGCUGGUGCAAGGAAACAAAAGUGUGGAAGAAUAUUUCAAGGAGAUGGAGAUGGCUAUGAUAAGAGCCAAUGUAGAGGAGGAUAGGGAAGCCACUAUGGCUAGGUUCCUAAAGGGGCUGAAUCUUGAUAUUGCCAACUUAGUGGAGCUACAACACUAUGUAGAGCUUGAUGACAUGUUAAAUAUGGCAAUCAAGAUAGAAAAACAACUAAAGAAGAAGAAAGCAUUCAAAAUGGGUGUAGGUAUGAAUUUGGGCAACAAUGCUCCAUGGAAACCGAAUUGGAAGAAGGGUGAAAUUAGUGAUUCCAAGGUUGUUUCUAAGGAAAAGAAAGAGGAGACUAGGGGUGGAGAAAAGCCUAGUGUGACUGAGAAAGGCAAGGGACAGAAUACCUCUAGUGGGAGAACUAGGGAUAUCAAAUGUUUUAGGUGCCUAGGGAAGGGACAUUAUGCAUCUCAAUGUCCUAACAAGAGGGUGAUGGUGAUGAGGCCGAAUGGGGAGAUCGAAUCAGAAGAUGAUGAUGUUGAUGAUGAUGAUGCUAGUGAGAGUAUGCCUCCUUUGGAGGAAGCUAGUGAUGUAGAGCAUGCCGUGGGAGGAAAUAUUCUAGUGGUUAGGCGUGCACUAAGUGCACAAGCAAAGGAAGAAGAGGGAGAUGCACUGCAAAGGGAAAAUAUUUUCCACACUAGAUGCUUGGUGAAUGGUAAAACUUGUAGCAUGAUUGUAGAUAGUGGUAGUUGUGUGAAUGUUGCCAGCACACUCAUGGUUGCGAAGCUUGGCAUGCGCACCAUCAAGCAUCCUAGACCAUACAAGUUGCAAUGGCUGAAUGACUGUGGGGAAAUUAAGGUGAACAAGCAAGUGAUGUUGGCUUUUUCUAUUGGAAGGUAUAAGGAUGAGGUGUUGUGUGAUGUGGUGCCAAUGCAUGCUGGACAUAUUUUGCUAGGGAGACCAUGGCAAUAUGAUAGGAAGGAGUUUGAGGAUGUCUUCCCUGAAGAAAUACCUAAUGGGCUACCACCAAUUAGAGGCAUAGAGCACCAAAUAGAUUUUGUGCCUGGAGCUGUAAUCCCAAAUAGGCCAGCCUAUAGAACCAAUCCGGAAGAGGCUAAGGAACUUCAAAGACAAGUGGAGGAGCUUCUAGCAAAAGGCCAUGUUAGGGAGAGCAUGAGCCCAUGUUACGUAAUUGUUCUUUUGGUGCCUAAGAAAGAUGGGAGCAUGCGAUUUGUGGUGAGUGGCAAGGGAAUUGAGGUUGAUGAGGACAAGGUAAGAGCCAUUAGAGAGUGGCCUACACCUAAGUCUGUGAGUGAUGUGAGGAGCUUCCAUGGGUUGGCUAGUUUUUAUAGGAGAUUUGUAAAGGACUUCAGUACCAUAGCCUCACCCUUGAAUGAAGUUGUAAAAAAAAAUGUGGGAUUCAAGUGGGGGGAAGAACAAGAGCAUGCAUUUAAUUCACUUAAGGAGAAAUUGUGUUCUGCACCUUUACUUGCUUUACCUGAUUUUUCUAAAACUUUUGAGAUUGAAUGUGAUGCCUCUGGAGUGGGUAUUGGAGGUGUUUUGAAGCAGGAAAGGAGACCGAUUGCCUACUUCAGUGAGAAGCUAAGUGGGGCUACAUUGAACUACUCCACUUAUGACAAAGAGUUGUAUGCUCUGGUGCGUGCACUUGAGACUUGGCAACACUACUUGUGGCCGAAGGAGUUUGUCAUUCAUAGUGACCAUGAGUCACUCAAAUACUUAAAGGGGCAGAACAAGCUCAACAAGCGCCAUGCCAAGUGGAGUGAAUUCAUUGAAGGUUUCCCAUAUGUGAUUCAAUACAAGCAAGGCAAAGAGAAUGUGGUGGCUGAUGUACUUUCAAGGAGGUACACUUUACUUUCCAUGCUUGACGCUAGACUUUUAGGCUUCGAACAUGUGAAAGAAAUGUAUGCUAAUGAUGAUGACUUUGGGAAAGUGUUUGCCUUUUGUGAACAUGCUGCAUAUGAUAAAUUCUAUAGGCAUAAUGGUUUCUUGUUUAGGGAAAAUAAAUUAUGUGUGCCUAAAUGCUCAAUUAGAGAGUUGCUUGUUAAAGAAUCACAUGCUGGUGGUUUAAUGGGACAUUUUGGGGUUGCAAAGACCUUAGAAAUUUUAAAGGAACAUUUUUAUUGGCCACACAUGAAGAGGGAUGUAGAGAGAGUGUGUGCUAGAUGUGUGGCUUGCAUGAAGGCAAAGUCGAAAGUAAGGCCGCAUGGUCUAUACAUGCCAUUGAGUGUUCCUAGUGAACCUUGGGUAGAUUUAUCCAUGGAUUUCAUUUUGGGUUUACCUAGGACAAAGAAAGGCCAUGAUAGUAUUUUUGUUGUUGUUGAUCGUUUUUCCAAGAUGGCUCAUUUCAUACCAUGUCACAAGACUGACGAUGCAUCUUACAUUGCUUCUUUGUUCUUUAGGGAGAUAGUUAGAUUGCAUGGCAUUCCUAGAACAAUUGUUAGUGAUAGGGAUGUGAAAUUUCUAAGCCAUUUUUGGAAAGUCUUGUGGGGAAAAUUAGGAACAAAACUUUGUUUCUCCACCACUUGCCAUCCACAAACGGAUGGGCAAACAGAAGUUGUCAAUAGGACCGUGGGCACUCUUCUACGUGCAAUGAUUAAACAAAACUUGAAAGCUUGGGAGGAGUGCAUACCAUUCAUAGAAUUUGCAUACAACAGGUCUAUGCAUUCAUCUACUGGUUAUUCACCCUUUGAACUUGUAUAUGGUUUUAAUCCACUAACUCCUUUAGAUUUGUUGCCUUUGCCUACUAAUGAGCUUGCUAGUUUAGAUGGCAAAAGGAAAGCUUAA